AAGAUGGCGGUUGGUUAGUUUACCGGAAUAAAAUACCGAGUCUGUAAAGAAAAAUCGUGUGUUUCGAACUUAAGAAUUUUUUUCUUCUCUUCUAAAGAAAAAAAAAAAUACAUAAUUGUAUAUGUAUUUUAAAGAGAUCAAUUGAAAUGUAUUGCAAUGCAAUAUAUUUCUAUCUAUUUAAUUAAAUAUUCAAAGCAAUCGGAUUUUGCUUUUUAUUUCAUUCAUAAAUAAUUUUACACUUUUUCCUCUCAAUCGUGGAAUAUUGCGGUGUUUUUGCUUUUGAUUUUUACUAUCAAAUCAAAGUUAACGGCCUUGUGCCUGCCACUGUUUUAUUGUGUAAAAAAAAAGAAAGAAAAGAAUUCACAGUCUCCCCCAAAAUCACACAAAAAAAAAAAGAGAAUAGAACAACUUUUUUGUUUAGUGUGGGUGUGUUUACCUUUUUUUUUUCUCCUCUCAACUCUUCCCCAUCACUUCUCUGUCUGUUUCCUUCAUUUAAAUUCGCGUCAAUCAAAUUGCAUAAGAUAUUGCAAUUAUAAAUGCAAAACAAAAGUAAAGAGCAAAAAAAAUGCAUUUGUAGAUAAAUUAUUGUGAUUAGAUGCAUUUAUUUGCAAUCGAGUAAGAGAAGAAAAUUACGAUAACAAGACCGGAACAAGUUUAAACAAAUACAAAUAAAAUAAAAAAAUGUCUCUCCUUCCUCUUCUAAAAGAAUGAGUUAGAAGGAGAACAACAAAAAUUUAUGGAAAAAAGUGGUUAUAUUGUGUUUUUGUUCUAUCUUACAACAACUGUAUUUGUGUGAAGUACCCCCCUUUACCUCUACAGUGAAAAAAAAAGAAGUUUUUUUGAGAAAAAAAAAAGAAGAGAAAAAUACUGCACGCUGCUGCUGUGCCUGUGUUUUGUUUGAGAAGAAAAUUUUUACAAAAAAAUUGAAGAAAUUCAAUAUUUACAAAGAAAAAUGUGCAGUUAAUCAAAUUUAUUAUUAUUUCUUCUACACAAAAACGUGAAUGUGUAUUGUUGUUGUAAUUUUGUCCUAGUGUUUGUCUCUCUUAUUGUGAAUUAGAGAAAAUUCAUUCGAUUGUGGAUUAAGAAAGACAACAGGACAUCAUCUCAUCUCAUCAAACCCAAGAGAAAAAAAAAAAAAUGGACCAUCAACUAGGAGGAGAAAGACGACGAAGUGGCGGACAACCAUUGAGUGUUGUUGUUGGAUUAAAUUAUUUGGUGCUUUUGUUGCUGCUGCUUGUGGCAUCAUUCCGGAUUGCAAAGUGUCAAGGAAGUCAAGUCCUAGAAUUCACAUUGGAACCUCAAGAUGUAGUUGUUCCCGAAGGUAAUUCAGUUCUUUUGCAAUGUUCUGGUCGAACACAACACGCUUCACAUCAAAAAGCUGGCAAAACAUCGCCAAAUAUUCGGUGGCGAGGUCCUGAUGGUCAAGAUCUCGGAAUAGUCGGUGAUACAUUUAGAACACAACUUAAAAACGGUUCAUUGUACAUAAGUUCAGUUGAACAGAACCGUGGUUUAACUGGUUCAUAUCAAUGUCUUUUGAGUGUCGAUGGAAUUGGCACAAUAGUUAGUCGAUCGGCAAUUGUAUCCAUUGCCCGUUUACCAGAAAUCAAUCAAGACUUUAUGGAGUCAUAUCUCUUGCCAGGUCAAACAGCCUACUUCCGUUGUAUUCUGGGCCACAUUCAACCUGGUAUUAAAAAUGUCAUUCAAUGGUUGAAAGAUGAUGCCCCAUUGACAAUAGAUAAUUUAAGAAUGGUCAUACUACAAAAUGGUGCUUUAGAAAUUGACGAAGUAGGAAGUUUAGAUAGAGGAACAUAUCAAUGUAAUGUGACAUCGGGAGUAGUCUCGAGAUUGAGUAGUAAAACAAAUUUGAACAUCAAGAAAAUUACCGAAGGUGGAGAGAGUCAAGUUGCACCUUCGUUUCUAGUUGGACCAUCACCAAAGACUGUCAAAGAAGGUGAUACUGUGACACUUGAUUGUGUGGCAAAUGGAAUGCCAAAACCACAAAUAAGAUGGUUGAGGAAUGGUGAAGAACUGGAUUUGAAUGACUUGGAUUCUCGUUUUUCAAUCCUCGGAACUGGAUCCUUGCAAAUUUCGGCUGCCGAAGACAUCGAUUCAGGCAAUUAUCAAUGUCGAGCGAGUAAUACAGUCGACUCCUUAGACGCUCAAGCCACUUUGCAAGUUCAAGUUCCUCCGAAAUUCAUUCAAAGUCCCACCGAUAAGUCGGCAUUUGAAAAGGAAGAACUCGAAUUGGAAUGUGCAAUUCGAGGCAAACCAAAACCAAUGAUACAUUGGAUGAAAAAUGGCGACAUAAUAACUCCAAAUGAUUACAUGCAACUUGUUGCUGGACAUAAUUUAAGAAUCAUGGGCUUGCUACAAUCAGAUGCUGGAAUGUUUCAAUGUGUUGGAACGAAUCCAGCAGGAAGUGUUCAAGCUUCGGCUCGUUUAAAAAUUAUUCAACCAGAGCAAAAAUACAAAACGAAGAAACCCCAAUCCCAGACAACGAAAUCCUUACAAACCCUUAGUCCAAAACAACGUCGCAAUAGAAAUAACAGCAGCAACAAUAACAACAACAGCAAUGGCAAUAAUAAUAAUUCUGAUGAAAUUCAAGUACGAACAAAGUCUGUUGAUAAUACACGAAUUCUAUCGAAAAGCGCACUCGAUAGCCUUUUAUCCAAAGGCAAAGGCAUUACUAUACCAAGUGGUGUUGAAAUCGCUCUAAACGACAACACCAACUACGACGACACUUACGAUGAUAACUCCGAAUCGCCAGACGACGACGAUGACGUCGACAAAGAUUACGACGACGACGAAGAGAUCACUGGCAACGAAGAUAUUAUAAAUGCCUUUAAACGUGGCGACGAUCCCAAUAAGAUUCUCAACACAUGGAAGACCAAACAGGAUAACGAACGACGCCAGGAGGAGGCAGCUGCCUCCUCUUCGCAGAAAAUUCGAAGAAAAAAUCCCUUAUCCUCAUCCUCUUCACUACUUGAUUUAGAUGAUGACGGCCAAUUGACUGCAGCCGGAAACCAUUUGCCAGGACCACCCCGUGAUUUGGUCGCGCAAAUAGUUAAACCCAGAUUUGUGGCAAUCAGCUGGAUGGAACCGGUCAAGAAUCCCGAUGAGGUCAUCUCCUAUACAGUUUAUUACAAGAUGAACAACAGUGAAAGGGAGCAAAAAAUCAUCACAAAAUCACAUGACGACCAACAAGUCAACAUUCAAUCCCUGAUGCCAGGAAAAACCUAUCAGUUCCGGGUUAUCGGCAAUAGCAAUUUUGGUCCUGGCGAGUCAUCUGAGAUUUUGGAAGUGAGGACACAACCGGAAGAGAAUAUUGCUGGUCCACCACGAAGUGUUGAAGGAUAUGCGUUGAACCACAAAGAGAUUUAUGUGAAAUGGGAACCCCCAAUCAUCACCAAUGGGAUUAUUUCCAAGUAUCGCAUCUAUUAUGCUGAGGAUGAUAGUGGUGCUGAAAUGUACACCGACAGCACAUCGCACAAUGUUAUCCUAAAUGAACUGCGUCCAUUUACUGAGUAUACUAUUACCGUUGUGCCUUUUAAUCAAAACGGAAUGGGUGAUCCAUCGAAUGAGAUGAAAGUCAAAACUUAUUCAUCAUCACCUUCAGAACCACCAAAUAAUGUGACCUUAGAAGUAACAAGUUCAACGUCAAUCACCGUUCAUUGGGAGCCACCAGCUGAAGAAGAACGAAAUGGUCAAAUCACUGGCUAUAAGAUUCGUUAUCGUAAAUUAAAAGAAGCUCCUGAAGUUAAAAGUACCCCAGCUAAUAUUCGUUACUUUGAAUUGACUGAUUUGGAUCGAAAUUCUGAAUAUCAAGUCAAGAUAGCUGCAAUGACAGUUAAUGGAACUGGACCAUUUACCGAAUGGCAUCGUGUUGUAACUCUAGAAAAUGAUCUCGAUGAGACUCAAGUGCCUGGCAAACCAGUAUGGAUUGGUGUUCGUACUGGAGCUGAGAGUAUAGCAUUGCAUUGGGGUCCACCUAUACAACAUGAGAUCAAAAUUCGUAAUUUUGUCCUUGGUUGGGGCAAGGGUAUACCCGAUGAUAAUAUUCUUGAACUUAACGAAAGUGAACGAAGCUAUGUGCUGAAGUCACUCGAACCAAAUAGCGAGUAUGUUGUUUCGUUGAGAGCUCGAAAUAUCAAAGGAGACGGGCCACCGAUUUAUGAUAAUAUCAAAACUCGAGAUGAAGAGCCUAUUGAGGCGCCAUUGCCUCUUGAAGUGCCUGUCGGUUUACGGGCCAUAACAAUGUCAUCUACGUCAAUUGUUGUCUAUUGGAUUGACACAACUUUGAGUAAGAACCAACAUGUUACAGAUAAUCGGCAUUAUACAGUUCGUUAUGGCAUCACUGGAUCCAGUCGAUUUAAGAUGCACAACACAACCGACUUGAAUUGCAUGUUGAAUGAGUUACGACCCAAUACUCAGUAUGAAUUUGCUGUAAAAGUUGUCAAGGGUCGACGAGAAUCAGCCUGGUCAAUGUCUGUUCUGAAUACUACUCUUCAAAACAUUCCUAUAUCUCCACCUCGAGAGGUGACAGUUCGUGCCGAUGAAAAUAACCCUCAAAGUGUAAUAAUCCAAUGGCUUCCACCGAAACACAGUAUGGGCCAGAUAUCCGGCUAUAGUGUGUACUUUACCACCGAUACCACAAAACGUGAUAGAGAUUGGUCCGUCGAAGGUUCCAAUCUCGAUGACAAUAUGUUGGUUAUAACAAAUUUGAAACAACACACUACAUAUUACUUCAAGGUGCAAGCUCGCACUGGCAAAGGUAAUGCACCAUUCUCUGCCUUAGUCUCACACACAACUGGAGCAGUGGUUUUGAAUCAAGAACCUAAUACAAUUAGCAAAGGAAUCACCAAUGAGAUGAUUAUUUACAUGAUCAUCUUUGGAACGGCAGUGAUUUUAUUUAUUGUUGUGGCUGUCAUUGUGAUUUUGUGUCGCAAAAAGCCACAAAGCUCACCAGAGCAUACGAAGAAAAGUGUUCCUUUCUCCGACGUUUAUAGUUAUCAGAAGAAUAAUGUUGGUGUACCAAAGCCACCAGAUCUAUGGAUACAUCAUGAUCAAAUGGAAUUGAAGAAUAUUGACAAACCAAUGCAUAAUCAUAAUUCAACUCCAGCUUGCAGCGAUGGAGCAUCAAGUAGUGGAGCUCUAACACUUCCUCGACCAAGUUUGCAUGAAUACGAUAUCGAAGCUCCAGUUCCACCUUGUGUUACAAAUUCUCUAGACAAACGGUCUUAUGUUCCAGGAUAUAUGACUACUUCUUUAAAUUCGACAAUGGAACGACCACAAUAUCCACGAACGCAAUAUAACAUUCCAAAUAGGCCACAUAUGGGUGUGGAUACAACUUUAUCACAACAAAGCCUGUCACAGCCACAGAAUAAUUCUUUGGCUCAGACACCAGAACAUCCAUAUAUGUAUGAUGGAUUUAGCAAUCCACCAUACCAAACAGCAAUAUCAACUGUGGAGACAUCAAAACGUGGACAUCCACUAAAGAGUUUUGGAACUCCUGGUCCACCACAACCUGGUGUACCGCCUCCGGUUAUUACCACAUGCUCUAAGCACACACCAUCAGUUACAAUACGUCCCCAAAACGCUUCACCAUUUAAAAAACCAUCAUUCUCAGUUGCCACACCCACAAAUCGCCUAACAGGCUGUUCAUCAAUAGCCCAUUCAACAGAUGAAAUACAAAGACUUGCACCAAGUACUUCCACCGAAGAGCUAAAUCAAGAAAUGGCCAAUUUAGAAGGUCUAAUGAAAGAUUUAAGUGCAAUAACUGCCAGUGAAUUUGAAUGUUAACACAUCGAUAUUAAUAAAAAUUAAAAAAUUUAUUAAAGAAAAUAAUAAUAAUAUUAGCCCCCUUUUACCCCACCACUAACCCAUCCACAUCCAUCCAUUCAUCCUUAAAACAACAAAAGAAACACCUUUUCACUUAUAAAAUUGUGAGCACUAUUAUAAAAAAAUUUAUAAUUAUUAUUAGAACAAAAGAAGAAAAAAAAAUGUUUCCUUAUGCCAUCCCACUUCUGACACAAUUUAUUUUGAAAAAAAGACGAAAAAUUGAUAAAAAAAAAAAACUAACAAAACUGUUGUAAAUCAGGUAUUUUUUUAUAACGAAAGAAAAAAAACUUAGACAUGUAGAUGAAAAACUUACAUACACAUUAAAAUUAAAAAUUACACCGAAAAUAGAAUUUAAACAAAAUAAUAAAAAUUUAUGUACGCACUCAAGAACUGCCCCAUAUUAGCGGGAGAGAGACAGAAACGUAUAGAUCUACUACAAUUAACACAACAAAAAAACACACACAUACAUACAUGCAUGCAUAUCACGUCAACCAUGUUGUUAUAAAUAAAUAAAAGAGGACCAGAGAGUGUACACCUAAUGUCCUUUGGUAAUCAUUAUUUUGUUUUUCAAAUUUUUGCUAAGUUAAAGUAUCAA